AGUUCCCAUUGGCUUCACUGCUCACGGGGGCGUGGGACGAUGCAGUUGCUCAUUGGUCCGGUGGUUCUGUGGGGAGGGACUUGGCUGGGCCAGAACCAGCUCAGCGGUCUGGGGUCCUUUGCCGGGUAAAGCUGCCAUGCGAUCUGGCGGUCGCGGACGGCCUCGGCUACGGCCCGGGGAGCGCGGCCUCUUGGAGCCACCCUCGCCUCCUAAACGCCGCCUGCUGCCGCGGGUGCAGCUCCUGCCCCUACUGCUGGCGCUGGCCGUGGGCUCGGCCUUCUACACCUUCUGGAGCGACUGGCACCGCGGGCCUGGGGAGCCGCCGCUGGGCCGGGAACUGCGGGCCCCGCUGAUCGGAAGCCUUCCCGAAGCUGGAUUGCGGAGGGUGGUGAAACAGCUGGACCCUCAGCGUCUCUGGGACACUUAUCUGCGCCCCCUGCUGGUGGUGCGAACCCCGGGCAGCCCCGGCAAUCUCCAAGUUAGAAAGUUCCUGGAAGCCUCGCUGCUAGCACUGACUGCAGACUGGCAAGUGGAGCUGGACCCCUUCACAGCCUCGACGCCCCUGGGGCCAAUGAACUUUGGCAAUGUGGUGGCCACACUGGACCCAGGGGCUGCCCGCCACCUCACCCUUGCCUGCCAUUAUGACUCGAAGCUCUUCCCAUCUGAGUUGGCCCCCUUUGUGGGGGCCACGGAUUCUGCUGUGCCCUGCGCCCUGCUGCUGGAACUGGCCCAGGCCCUCGACCUGGAGCUUGGCAGGGCCAAGAAGCAGGAGGCCCCGGUGACCCUGCAGCUCCUCUUCUUGGAUGGCGAAGAGGCCCUGAAGGAGUGGGGGCCCAAGGAUUCCCUUUAUGGGUCCCGGCACCUGGCCCGGCUCAUGGCAUCUGAACCCCACAGUCCCGGCCCCACCAGGAUCCAGGCUAUCGAGCUCUUUGUGCUUCUUGAUCUCCUGGGAGCCCCCAACCCGACCUUCUACAGUCACUUUCCCCGCACGGCCCGCUGGUUCCAUCGGCUGAGGAACAUCGAGAAGCGCCUGCACCGACUGAACCUGCUGCAGUCUCAUCCCCAGGAGGUGAUGUACUUCCAGCCUGGGGAGCCCCCUGGCUCUGUGGAAGACGACCAUCUGCCCUUCCUCCACCGAGGGGUCCCGGUGCUGCACCUCAUCUCCAUCCCCUUCCCUGCUGUCUGGCACACGCCUGCCGACACCGAGGCCAACCUCCACAAGCCCACCGUGCACAAUCUCAGCCGCAUCCUUGCCGUCUUCCUGGCCGAAUACCUGGGGCUCUAGCUGUUGAGCUGGUCCCCAAUGGGGAGAUGUCACUCUGAAGGAGAAGCCCCCGCAAAGUGCCUGGAGCCAGCGGAGCUCGGGCUGGGCACACCUCGAAUGUGCUGGUUUGUUCGGUGUUACGCUUUUGGCUCCAGCUUGAUGGACAACCAUCUCUCCUUUGACGCUCUCAAGCUGCCACCCUUCAGAGACUUGGAAGAGGCCAUCGUGGAGGCAAGGACCAAAGGACUAAGACUGGCUCAGCCCCCACCCUGAGGGAAACGCUUGGUCUUAAGGUUGGAGGGGAUCAAAUGCUGUUUGCGUUUCUAGAAUUGGCUGACUGUGGACUGGUGUCUGGACUACCUCCUACUAAAUGAAUUAUGUAUGGCGUGUGUUUUUAUGUCACUUCAUUCACCAGAACGGCAGACUCAGUGCUGCACCAGUCCAAACCCAACUCCCACGUGGAUGUACCAUGCGGGGCCCACAGAGGAUCUGCUCGUAAAGCUUGGAACAGAGGAGAUGGAAGCGACACUUGGGUAAAAACAGAUUCUGACAGACCCAAUGGGCAAUAAACCCGUGUUUCUGCAAAUCAUAUUCUGCAGAAUUACUGUCAAUAGGUAUCAUGUGAGAGAAAGGAUCAGCGAUCAAAGUGGGGUGAGAUAAUGGUAAAUGAGUUUCCUCAACGCACAAAAGAUUUUCUCAAGAGUAGCAUGGAGAAGGCAGUGUUUGCCAAAGUAUUUGACCAUGGAACCCCUUCUUUAUUGGGAAGCACCUCAUAGGACUAAGGUUCCUCAGAAGAUACUUUGGGAAACACUGGGUUUUGACCAUUUGCGAGCACUUAUAGGCAGAAUGGGUGAGCUAGGCCUCGAUUUGUUACAAACCAGUUGUGCCCAACCUCCUUUUCCUCACAGCUGUGGGCACAGGUCUGUGAGCCGAUGGGUCUAACUGCAAUGUUAGUGAUGGCCUGAUGAAGUGUUUCCCAUCCUACCUGACUUGCAGAUGCAGCUGGGAUGCGUAUUCAAAAAUGCAGACUCCCAGGCUCUUCCCCCAGACCCACUGAAACAGAACUUGAGGGAGGGGGCUGGGACUCUGCAACAGAACUCUGAAGGAGUAUCACGAGCAGCAAAGUUUGGGACAUGCCUCUCAAGGACACAUCUGGGUGUGUUCACAGCUGCUUAGCAAACUUACUCAAAAGAAAACCAUGAAAGUAUUGUCACUACAGUUCUUUUCAAGUACUUGAUGUGUAUCAAUUACCUAUUGCCACGGAAUAAAUUGGCCCAUCCUUAGCGGCUUAAAAAAAUAAAAAAAGGGAGGACCUGGGAGAGUCCCAUGCCGGUUUUGUGACUGCAGUGGAGACCUGGUAGGCAGCAGAAAUGCCAGGAUGAAAGGUUAUUCAACAGUGAAGGUGACCUUCAGCCCUGUGAGCCAACUCAAGACUAGAGGAGCCGCAGCAGGAUGCAAAGGCUAAAAGUCAGGAUAGCAAACAAGAGGAGCAACACAAGGGGCUGGAUUCAGAUUCUUCCGCAGUAGCUGGCACUUUCAUGCGUCAACUCGUUUAGUCUCCCCCAAAUCCAGAGGUAUGUACAACUUCCGUUCCCAUUGUGUAGAGAGGCAGCUGAGGCUGACAGUUGUGCAUCGUUCUCCGGUUCUCUCCCACAGCCGUGUUCCUAACCCCCAUGUCCUACCUCCUUUGCAAAACCCACUUGUGCUGGAUGAACAAGUUUGCUGGCAAAAA